UAACAUGAUCACAUUACAGACAUCAACCUGCUAGCUGGACGACGAGUUAACACAUCUUUUAUUGUGACUGUUUUCAUGGAUUUAAUGUUAACCAAUGAAGACAUUUAGAAACCGACUGUCAAGAGUAAUUGUCGACCCGCGCCUGUGGCUGUUUUCCGUUGCAUUGACACGGUUACCUUGAAUACUAGCUUGAACUGGCUAGAACUGGCUACGCUUCGUUGGCUCCCUUGUUUACACGUUAGCCUGAGGUAAUGUUAGCUAGCAUACAUUAAAACACUGACCGCAUUACUUGUUUACAACUGGUUUUUCAUAUCUAGCCAAAAGUUGACUGUUUAUAUUUUAUACUAUGCAAACUGGCUUUCUGUAUUACACCACAUUGCUGGUCUUCACUGUGUACAGCAGUAGCGUUAGCUUACAAAAUAAAGUAGAUUGUAUUGACUCUAAAGCUUUGUUAAUAUCGCUGAAAACGCCGCAAAGGUAGACUAUCAGGGGAUAUUUAACUACAAGGAGAUUGGGUCGUUAAAGCGAAUUGCUGCGAUAGAUGGCGAUUAGAAAUAGCGUAGCUACUUAUCAUGGCAACAUCUAAUGGCAGCUCAUAGAUGCCAGGGCAUAGGAGUAUACAGUGUUAGUCACAUUGUCCCUCAGCUGCCACUGGAGGCCAGACCCAGAAGAAAACAGCGGUGUGAAUCAAUCGUUGACAUCAAAACAUCAGCACUGAAACAAAGGGCAAUGGAGUCCGUGAGGAGUGCUUUCCAUGCUCAACUGGCCACUGUCAUGGACUCAUUGCUGGCAGCCGCUGUGUGCGAAAUAGCCAAGAUCUUUGAGAGUAGCCUGUGUGAACAGCAGGCGGAGCUGGUGCAGAAAACAGACGAGAUCUCCAUCCUCCGAGGCAAGCUGGAGAAGGUCGAGAGGAGGCAGAAGGCCAAGAGCGGAGGGAGCGAGGAAGGGGAGAUGCCAUCAGGAGACAGAGAGGGCAGCUUGAGGCAGCAGACCCUAACAGGAUCAGGACUGAAUGAGGGAAAGGAUGUGUCUUCUCACCAAGACCCAGUGGAAGGACUCAGUCAGAGCCUCAGCGGGCUGAAAGAGGAGGUCACAGGCCAGGAUGGAGCUUCAGUAAAGCAUGAGCGUGCUGGAUCACGACCUACCCUUGGGUCUGUUGCAGUCCAAGCUGCAGAGGGAAGCCUUGCUGCUGGGGACCAGAGGCAGAUAGAUACCCUGUCUGCCACACAAGCCAAGACCAAAUUGUGUCAUUGGGAUCAGGACAGUCGCAGUGCAGACCACAGACCCCUCCAGGAUCAAGCUUCCACCCCUUUUCUUUCCAUCUCUCAGAGUGGACGUUGCUCCCCAAGACCUGACCCAAACCUAGCUCAACCUGGGGAGUGGUUACCAGCAUUGGAUGCCACCCGAGGUGGGGUGUCUGGUCUGGAGAAUCUGCAGGCAGAUGGCACCAGCUGCUCUGGUCCAGCUAGCAGCAGCACUGGCACAGAUGGACCCUGCUUCCGACCUGGUUUUGGCUCUGAUGAGACCAGCAAUGAGGAUGAUGAUAGUUCUUUCCCUUUCCUGGACCAGGAGCCUGAGAACCAGAACUCCAAUCAGAACUCAGUGCAUGGCCAGGGCGUUGGACAGAGGGGAGCUCGGCAGGAUCAACCCCAAGCUCCCUCUGGUGAAUCACCGUGGAGACCCAGAGACGACAGGGGUGGGAGAGGCCCCAUCAAUCAUACACGACGGCUCACAUCAUUUGGCAACAGAGACCCUCUGCGACCACAGUCCAAUUCACAUUCACUCACACUACGGCACUCAAACACCCUUGGCCACCCUCCAGCUCCUGGUGGAGGGAAUGGACGACCUUACACCUGCCCAUACUGUGCCAAGUGUUUUACCUACCCCUCACACCAGCGUAGACACCUAUUGCGCCACACAGGAGUCAGACUGCAUCCCUGUCAGUUUUGUGACAAGAGCUUCCUCACUCCCUCUGAGCUUACUGUGCACACACGCACACAUACAGGCGAGCGACCUUUUGGCUGCGCUCAGUGUGGUAAACGUUUUGCCCGCAGUGGGAACUUGAGAGCCCACCAACGGGAUGUUCACAUGGGGAAGAGGCCCUUUGCAUGCACAGAAUGUGGGAAGAGAUUUGCCCACAGGGGGAACCUGAGGGUGCACAAUCACAGAGUCCACCAAGGAGAUCCCUACUACAUUGAAGAUCAGCAGGAGCCUGACAUAGGCCCUAAUCCCAUUUGAUUGAAAGAUUUAAAAAAUGAUGGUUCUGCACUUUAAUUUUGUUUGCAAAAUAAACUCUAGGAACUUGGUUCAGGGUUGUCCGACAAAAACUUAUUACUGAACACUUAAAACAAUGUGAAAGUAUUUAAGAUUUUUGUUCAGAUUUGAUGUGCGGCAACCAUAAAAUUAACCCCCAACAAAUUUUAUUUUAUUUUUAUUAAUGAAGUACCAGAUCAAAGUGAAUUUUAUUUGCGUGUGUCUUAAUUUUUUUUCCAUUAUGAUGCAAUGUUAGUGUUAUGGCUCACACUAAAAGGGAGGGAUUUGUAUUUAACUGUAUUGUAAGUGACUGGAUAUAAUGAUCAACAAAUAAGAAAUACUGGCUGUUGUAAAAAGCAAAAUAUUUUCUCCAGGAUGACCCUAUCGCAUGGUGUUCUUCCUUAACAGUGGAAAGUCACUGAACAAAUCUGAGUACCAUUUCAUUACUUGAGUACUUGAGGUGAAAGAACUACAAAAUGAUUUUUCAUAAAGCCUAUAAAGAAAGUCUUGAUGUUAGAUUUAGACAUGUGGCAUGCCAGAGGUAGGAUAGCACGUCUCUUCCUUCAAAAUUGUGCUUAUCUACUGCCCAUCUCCUCAAACUUUUGUUUACACUGUGCUUUAAAAUAGAAACAUUAUUGCAGCAAGUACAUAGCUGUGGUGUUAAAGAAGAACUGUGCUUUUAUUUUCCAUCCUGUUUUUGCUAAUUAAAAUUAAAUAAUAUA